AUGAUGUCCUGUGUGAAAUUUUCAUUAUGUAUCAUCCUGUUGUACUCCUGGCAAUAUCCCGAAAACGUAAAUGACUUCGGCACAUCAUGGAAUCCAACAACUGUCGGAAACAGCAUUACCGGUGUCAGGAUUAGUAGAUUAUUAACGGCUAAAUUGGGUAUGCAAGCACCAAAGCAAACUAAAGUUCUGGCUAAACCUGGUAACGGUGCACCUAAGGAAAGCGCGCCACCAGGAAACAACCCUGGUAAACCAGGUUCUAAGGUUCCAUCAGAAAAACCGAUGCCACCGUCCUCACAAGAUAACGCACCAAGUGAAAAAAAAGAAAACAAGCCAAAAGGAACUGAAGUGAAGAAUGCAACGGAUACGCAAAUACCAGAACAAAAUAAACUUUGUCCUAGCCCCAGUGGAGACUCCUCUUUUGAAACCACGGCGCCUAGUGAAAAGUCUGAUCCAUCAGACUGCGAGGUUAUGCCAGGCGGUCUAUUACUAUCACCUCAGAAUGAGGCACAGAGUGAAAAAACAGAGAAAGAGUCCGAUGACGCUACGUUAAAGGGUGAAACAGAAGCGUCCCAGGGAGGCGAAGGAACUGCAGUAUAUUCACUGAAAACCAAAAAUUAUGCAAUGCGAAAUUUAAUACUUACAGAUUGGGACAGAUUCAUGCAAAGCUCAGAACACGAUUGGGCAGCAUUCCAAGUGUGCUUAAAUAAUGCAAGAGAAACCUUCUUGGAACAAAAAAAUAAGGAAUGGUCUAACUGGAUUCAUUUAAUUGAAAAAAAAAAGUUAAAGAAGUGGUUGGACGACACUUAUUCUACUUUACCUGAAAUUUAUGCUAAAGAUAUGGAACAAUUGAAAUACAAGAAAAUUAAAGGAUGGUUAAUGUAUCAAUGGCAAAAGAACGAAAAGGACUCUGAUCAUGAAUCGCUUGAACUUAUGAAAGCAUCAGAAUUCUUACAAUUGGCUAAGUCCCGAGAAUGGUACCGCUCCAAUCUAGAUAUAGACAAACAGAGAGAGGAAUUCAUGAAAUGGUUUGUUCUUAAAGAAAACGAAUAUUUAAAAAAGCAGGAACAGUCAGACUGGACUUAUUGGAAAAAUGUUAAACUUAUUAUGACUGAUUCAAUGUGUACAACACUUUCUGUAAAACCCAUAACCAAGAAACAAUGGAAUCAACUUGUUAAUGAAAUAAAAAUGUGA